AUGUCUAAACGAGAUUGCAUGGCUAUCCGGAGCAUACUUAAUAAUGGAGACGAUUACCAGUCCCUCAGCCCUACACUCUCUACAAGCGAUUCUGACACUGUACUGGAUAGCGACAAGCCUUAUGAAUGCGAAUGGUCUAAAUGCGGAAAAGCCUUUUCCCGACGCAGCGACCUAGCCCGACAUCGCAGAAUACACACUGGAGAACGACCUUAUCGCUGUAACUGGCAUGCCUGUGGUAAACAGUUUAUUCAAAGAUCCGCAUUGACAGUCCACUAUAGAACCCAUACGGGUGAGCGCCCCCAUAUCUGCGAACAUCCUAACUGUAACAAGAGCUUCAGCGAUAGUUCGUCGUUAGCUCGUCACCGACGGACACACACUGGCAAGAGGCCAUAUGAAUGCUCAUAUGCUGGGUGUGGGAAAACCUUCACACGCCGAACCACUCUUACCCGACAUGCCCGCGCACACGACCCUUCGUGGAAAGAAUAUAAUACUGCAUUCGAACCACGUCGCCGUUCUAGUUCACCGGGACCACAUCUCAAGUGUGCUACCACCACUACACAUUACAGAAAUGCCCCUCAAAGUCCGCCAACUCCCACAGACUGUUUCAAACCUAUCGGUUAUCCUCGUGUUACUCAGCCAGUAACUUGCUAUGGCACUCCAAUAUUGCCGGCAAUUCAUUGCUUACUUCCAUUGCCUCCAGUGCACGUCGAAUCGCAUUAUCCAAGCUCAGUCGUCGAUGCACGAUUCUUUUCAUUCAAGCCACAACAAGACGUAAACGACAUUUGCAAAUAUGGUUACCCAACAUCUGAGGCUCCGUUGGGUAUGGGAAGCGAACGUGAGAUGUUAUACUUCAAUAAUAGAUUGCCAUUAAGUUACCAUGCGUGA